AUGGCUUUACAGCAUAAGAGAGCUCAGUAUUCUGCGGUUACUGCGCCACAGAUUACUGUAGCCGGUGAACUAUUCAUAUCCCCCCAGGACCUAAAUGCUACCUUAAGGAAGUGGAGCGUGGAGCUUGACGAACAAACAUACAAGAUUCGCUUGAACGAGGCCGUCGCCAAUGUAUCGCAGGCCAUUGAGAGGAUCGAAAAUACCGGGGAACAGAUUUUACUAGGGUUGUACCAAACUGGGAGGGAUACCUUGGCUGACUUUAAUAAGUUUAAAAGGACCAGUGAGUACCGGAAUAUAUGGGGCAAAGUUGAUCGAGCGGUAAAGAAUAUCGCAAAAAACCAGAAGGCGGUGGCAAGAGCGAAACAAGAAGUGACAAAUAAGUGGGGGGAUAAUGGCCGUGCCUUUUUACUCAUAAAUAACGCGCAAAACUGGACAAAGGGCGUGGGGAGACUUGCAAGGGCUGUCCCCGAUUAUAAAUGUGCUAUGGAUCUACUUGUGUGCGCCCUUGUGGAAAGAUUCCGUGCGAUGAAAUCAGGAAAGACAAGAUCGUUAGAACCUGGUGGGACUGAUAUUCAGAAGGCCAUUGACUUUGCAAAACUCUCCUCACGACCACAACCAAUCAGCCGGGAAGAGCUGGCGGUGUACGGGGUCAAAUUGAACUCUCAGGGUCUACUAGAUCUUAUUGACUCUGAUGAGGCGGAUGCAGCCAUUACGGGCAGUGAUACCGGUGAUAAGGGGAUGUUUGGCUGGCAAGCAGCCUCAGAUGUGCCUGAACUUCCACAGGCUAUUCUGGAGGAGCUUACAGAUGAGGAAGAUGUGGAUAGAGGUACAAUUGAGGAAGUUGUGGCACCCAGUCCUGGAACAUCUGAACCGUCCGCGUCGGCCUCGGCCACCCAAGUCUCCUCAACCACCCUUCCUCCCACCCAGAUGAUAUCAGCAGAAAUGGCACCUACACAAGAAACUACACCGACUGCAGGUACCGCGCCAGAAGAGACAACCAACCCCCCACCGAAAAAGAAAGCACGAAUACCAAAGCCUAACAAUAGCGAUUCUGGAAUCCGGACCCAGAAUCAGCCUGCCAGCGCACCGUCACGACUGAGACCCGCCUCUGGGGAGGCCAGCAGAGCUAGUGAUUCUUUAACAGCUAGCACAAUUUCCCAGCCCCAGCCUGCCCAUGCGGAGGCCAGCACAUCGCAACAAUGCGAGACUACCACUCGCAGUACUGCUGUGGUCUCGCCCAGCACAGGUGAUAUUGGAUCCGAUGUCCAAAAUCGUAGCACGCGGCCCCAGCAGUCCACUCCCGACCGUGAUAGGGCAACAGGGAUUCUUGUGGACCUACUUGAGCGAUUACAUGUUGCUGAUGCGGUUGACAAGGUUACUGCCAUGUGGCAAACUGGAGAUAUUACUGUUAACCCAAUUUUUAGUUGGUUUGGUGAGCGGUCUACUGCAGGCUAUUCGCUACUGGACCUGCUUCGGGAAGAAAUAAACCAUUUACUUCGGCAUACAAAGAUUACUGGUGUCCAUGAGCUUCAAUAUGGAAUUAUUCAGCAAUUAACCGAGAUGGAUCCCGUCUGGUGGCUGUUCAAUGCCCUGACCAAAAUGGAAACACAACUUUAUGCGGUUCCUCAGUCAGCCGCUGUUCCUGCUAGAAAUAUCCCGCUCGGUGGGACGGCCUAUAUCUCGAGAGAGUCUGGAAAGAGCUAUGUGUCAUUCCGUGCCAAAGCGGAUACUAACUCGAACAUCGUGCUCAGACCCACCCUGCUAUCAAUGCAGGUAAUUCGCGAGAUAAGCUCUAAUGACGUCUCAGUGUCGCAGGUGAUUGAAUUCCUGAACACAAGCAGACGGGAAAGAAGACCAGUCGACAAAGAUCUUACAACCGGAGCCAUGCAGCAGAUAGUCACCUGCCCGAGCACCAUCCAUUUGCAGGGAAUCAGCCCCCUAUCCGACGCUAUUACGGCCCAGCGUUCGUACCUUGACAAAGAGGUACAGGCCGAAAUCGAUAUAUUGCUGGGACAUGAUCGAGAGCUUGCAUGGAAGUACAUUCAGCAGUGGAGAAGAGCUGCUUCCGAGACUAUCCGCCUUCGGUUUGCUUUGUGGAAGAAGUCUGAGGAAUAG